CAAUCACAAAGUCCAAACAGCCUUCAGAGUACCGUUGACCCAGAGGUGAAAGACGGAUUUAAGAUCGAAUGCGGAGAAACAAAAAUGCAAAUAACGGUAAAGAGGGAAUUUUUCAGGACGAGAGGCAUCUAUUUUUCCCCAGACGUACUUCAUCUGGGCGAGAAUUUCACCUCAAGCGGUUCCUGCAGAGCCUUUUCAGAAGAAGCUUAUGAUAAUGAAAUUGUAAUUUCGUCGACAUUACAAGGCUGUGGGAGUAAGUCGAGGGUGAUUGGUGACUGGCUAGUGUACUCCAACGUGCUGGUGUUGACACCUGGCUUGUUCAUAAGUCCUAGAGGUAUACUUAUAUUCACAGGGGCUAGAACAGUCAUACCUAUAGAGUGCCACUAUAGAAGGAAGCAAAGAGUGAGCGGAGAGCCUCUUUCCCCAACAUGGCUGCCCAUGACCUCCACCAUCACUGCUUUUGGCCUACUGCACUUCACCCUACGCACAAUGACGUAUGACUGGACCUCUCCCCACAGUUCCUCUGUCUACCAGCAGGGGGAGCCAGUGUUCCUGGAGGCCAGUGUAAAGGCACCGCUGCACCCCCCACUCAGGCUCUUCAUCGACAACUGCGUGGCCACCCUCACCUCUGACCCCCUCUCCUCACCCAGCUACAAGUUCAUCACCGAACAUGGGUGUCACGUGGACAGCCUGGUGUCUCCCUCCCAGUUCUACCCCAGAGCAGGGCGACCGAACACGCUUCGUUUCGCCGUCCAGACCGUCCAGUUCAGCACGGAGCCUGGAGACCAGACUUUCAUCACCUGCCACAUGAGAGCCACUCUGGUCCGCGGACGCCCUGACCCCUUCAACAAGGCCUGCUCCUUCCAUUGGCCCUCUUUUAGAUGGCGAGCCCUGGAGGGAGACGAUGCUGUGUGUCUGUGCUGCCACCAUAGAGACUGCUCAGGACAGACGCUAGCCAAGAGCACGACGCAAGCCCACCUGGACACAGUGAAGGAAUCAGACACCAUGGUUGGUCCUCUUCAGAUUCAGCCCAGCUCCUAUUGGAUGGAUCACCUGUCACUCAUUAAGGACCUGUACAGUUUGAACUUGAGUUGA